AUGGAAGCCGGGGAGCUCCGGGAGCCCCGCGAGCCCGGGCCGGGGGCAGAGACCGCGGCGGCCCGGUGCUGGGAGGAGACCAAGACUUUCUACGAAAACCUCGCGCCCAAGAAGAAACCCAAAUCGCCCAAGCCUCAGAAUGCUGUCACCAUUGCUGUGUCCUCCCGAGCCUUGUUCCGCAUGGACGAGGAGCAGCGCAUCUACACGGAGCAGGGCGUGGAGGAGUAUGUACGCUACCAGCUGGAGCACGAGAACGAGCCCUUCAGCCCUGGGCCAGCCUUCCCUUUUGUGAAGGCUCUGGAGGCUGUGAACAGGAGGCUGCGGGAGCUGUACCCCGAUAGUGAGGACAUCUUUGAUAUCGUCCUCGUGACCAACAACCAUGCUCAAGUGGGUGUCCGUCUGAUCAACAGUAUCAACCACUACGACCUGUUCAUUGAGCGGUUCUGCAUGACAGGUGGGAAUAGCCCCAUCUGCUACCUCAAGGCUUAUCACACCAACCUCUACUUGUCAGCUGAUGCGGAGAAAGUGCGGGAAGCCAUUGAUGAAGGGAUCGCAGCGGCCACCAUCUUCAGCCCCAGCAGGGACGUGGCUGUGUCCCAGAGCCAGCUGCGCGUGGCCUUCGAUGGGGAUGCUGUGCUUUUCUCGGAUGAGUCGGAACGCAUCGUCAAGGCCCACGGGCUGGACAGGUUCUUUGAGCACGAGAAGGCCCACGAGAACAAACCUUUGGCCCAGGGCCCCUUGAAGGGCUUUCUGGAGGCGCUGGGUAGGCUGCAGAAGAAGUUCUACUCCAAGGGCCUGCGGCUGGAGUGCCCGAUCCGUACCUACUUGGUGACAGCACGCAGCGCAGCCAGCUCGGGGGCCCGGGCUCUCAAGACCCUGCGCAGCUGGGGCCUGGAGACGGAUGAGGCCUUGUUCCUUGCAGGAGCGCCCAAGGGCCCCCUCCUUGAGAAGAUCCGCCCACACAUCUUCUUCGAUGACCAGAUGUUCCACGUAGCCGGGGCUCAGGAGAUGGGCACAGUGGCCGCCCAUGUGCCUUACGGUGUGGCCCAGAAGCCCCGGUCGCCUGCCCCUCUGAAGCCAGCCCCAGCUGCGCAGUGAGCCGCCAGCUUCACUGACUUGCAGGGCUGCGGGCACGGAUCCCUGUCUGUAUUCCACCCCAACGUCCAGUGGACCCUUCUAGUUCCUCACCGCUCUGUCCUUCUGCACGUCUGCCCUCUUCCCCUCGAGUGAGGAACUUGUAGGGAAUUAUGCAGACUGACCCAGCACCCUGCAGAGCCCUCCCGCAGGGCAAACACUGUGCCACGAUCCUGGCUGGAAGAGUAAGAUUGCAGAGUAGCUUGGUUUCGGGGGAGGAAGAGGGUGGGUUGAUGGGAAUGAGGGUGACAGUGUCAGAGGAGCCGGGCUGCCUCCAAGGGGGCUUGGGAUUAAGACUAGCUCAGUGCGGUGCAAAGAACUUGGCUUUGAGAGAGAAGGCAUCCGACUUCCAAGCUCUGUGGCAGCGUGCACUGACGACCUGGGGUAAGUCCCUCCCUUUCAUGGGCCUCAGUUCCCGCAUCUUGUAGGUGGUUUUCCAUCUCUCUUGGAGCUGCAUUGGCAUGGUUUAAUAAGAUUGCCCGGCCCAGGGCUGCUGCCAGACCGUAGGGUACCUUUGUGCAAUUAGAGGAGAACACUGUCUCGAGAAUGAAUUUCAAAAAGACGACCCUUGCUCUGCACUGACCCAGAUCCACUCUGGGGUACAUGGCUUGCUCAGAAGCAUGUAGCCUGUAUCUCAGCCCCCACGGACUCCUCGGCUCGGAGGUCUUUGUCAAAGGGGCAAAAUGCACAGUCCUCCGCAGCAACCCUACCUCUCAUUCUGCACGUUUGGAAACCACAAGACAAGAUGACCUGUCUGCUUCCCAUGCUCCUCUACUGUGAGUCCCCGGUCGGGGGUCAGCGGCCAGGAGCUGGGUUUGUGGAAGGAGAGAGGAGUGAACUUAACCUGCACACAAACUCUCAUUCCGCCAGCAGGGGGCACUGCGGGCUCUUCCCCAGGAGGAGCUUUCAGGACCACCUGCUCAGGGCCUCCUUUGCUUUUGCUUUUAGCCAAAGUUUAGUUGUUCCUGCCUGCCAACCCUCUCCCCUCAGCUCUCAGUCCUUUGGUUACCGUGUUCUGCUGUGUUGCCAAGCAGCUUUGCCAGCGGGGAAGAGGUAGAGUGUUGGGGUUCGCUGUCAUGGGUCCAAAUGCAGGGGAAGAAAGCUCAGUGGCUGAAGUGGGAGGGUGUCCCACUUGCCCCUGAGAGAAGGCCUGCCUAGGGUGACAUGAGAAAAUCUGGUCUGAGGCAGUGACCCAUUAGACAGGAAGGAGCUGAAAGAUGCACUAGCAAGAUCCUCCAGCUAUGGGACUAUGAUUGGAAACACUGAGCUCUCUGUCACCAGGAUGCUGUAUAAGGGAUGCCAGAAUGAGGUGACCUCUCCCGGCAGUGGGCCAGUGAAUCCCCCAUUUGCAGGAGCCUCUGCAGCCUCUUUGUCACCACUUCUAGGGGAGAACUCUCACUCUUUACUGAGUCCGCUUCUUUUUUUGCUAACGAGCCUGGCUCUCUUUAUGAAGGGAGGGUGUGAACAGGGAUGGCUGGUCCCUCAGGAAGACCCAGAACAGGUGAGCAGUCAUCUGAGAGGGCAGGUGACCGAUUAUCUGGCUCCUGGGCCAUCCCAGCUGUAAGCAAGCACUUUGUGAAGGAAGCCAAAGGCCCCAUCAUAGGGAGCAGGAGCCUGGAGGUGUGUGUGAGAGAGCUGGACCGCUGGUGAGGGCGGGAAAAGGAGGUAAAGGGCUGACCUUGGGCCUGACCUUUGUCAUCUUGUGGACUCAGUGCAGGAUCUGAAUGGGGACAAGUUCAGGGCAGUGUAUGGCAGGGUAGUAGUUGCAGAAAGAUGAUCCAGGAUGGAAGACAAAAUGAAGUGACAGAAGUGUUUCCAAGAUGAGCAAUAGUUUGGGCCAGAAGAGGAAUGCCAGGCUGGGUUUGCACCCUCUGUAUGUGAAGCUGGGCUGGGGAGUGGGGGAAGGGGGAAGGUCAAGGCCAUGCUGAGUUUCUGGGCCAGACCCCACCACUGAUUGCCUUAUCACAGGAGGGGCAUGUGAUGAUGAUAUCUUCGUACAGGUCUUUCAAUCCACAUCCAGGAUCCAUCUGGCCAACAGAGGAGGCCUCAGGGCAGGGGGCCUGGUUUUUAGCUCUUCCCUCUGCUCCUAGCCCAGCCAGAGAUACUAGGAGACAUAAGAACUACCUCUAGGAAAAAAAGUGAGAGAGGGAUUCAGCUUUGAUCUUGGCUGAACCAUGAAAGGCCCUCUGUCCUUCCCUCAGUCAGAAUCACCCCCUUGGAUGAGCCUCUAGGGCUCCAAAGCCAGCCAGAGCCAUAUGCAGCCUGAAAAGCUGGCACAGUUGAGGUUCAAAGAAUGGUGUUAGUCUGCAUGACCAGAACAGGGUAUGUACAUUAGGCACCAGAUGGCACCUAAUUAAGAUAAACCCUAGGGAUUCUGGGAACCAAGAGGUCUUGCCUCCAGGACUUAAUGAUAAACAGCCCUGAUUCUUCCAGGUCUUUCAAAGAGCAGAAAAAUAUGAUGCUGGAAGGAGAAAGAUAAGGGGCAGUAAAAGCUGUGGAUUUCACUGGAGCCACCAGUAAUAGACACAGACUGCCCUGGGCAGUGAGAGCCACUGGGAUCUGGUUCUGUUAUUGAAACCAUAAAUGAGCAUCUUGGGCCUGGAAAAAAGCUUUAGGGGGCCGGAGUAAAAGGCCAGAAUCCUGGGGGCAGGCGAGGCAGUGGCCAGACACACUUUCUGAUUCUUUCCAGUGGUGAGGAGGAACCCCAGGCAAGGAGCAUUGUGCAUUGGUUCCCCGGGCAGAUUGAAAUGCCAGGUGAGCAUCACAGCCCGUACUGGACUGCAGCACUGGGCAGGGAAUCCCAGCUCCUGAAAUGUUGGACCCCUGGAGCCCAUAGCUCUGCCCCCCAACAAGUCCCCUGAAUGCUUCCCAGGAAGUGCUUGCCCACGCUGUCCCAGACCCAGGGAAAUCUGCCAGUGAGCAGGAAACCAAGCCCUGUUCCUAGGCGCUGAGACUGCAAAGAUCAUCGCAAAGCUGCUCCCUCCUUUCCCCAGGUGCCCAAUCAGAAUGGCAGGAAUGGAGCAGGAAACGCUAGGAGAAACCAAAACCUGUGAGAAGCUCAAACGUGAGAUGGAUCUGGGAUCAUAAUGAUAUCCAGCUGGUGUGACAGGUGAGCACCUGCACACCAAACUGGUGAUCAACACAUGGAAAUACCUCUAUGACAGUUGCGAAAUAGCGCUGGCCCAAGCCCCGGAGUGCCCUUCCAUGGCCUCUGCUACACUGGCCUCCCUCCACUGUGACAACGCCGUCUUCCCACAAUUCAGCAAAAGGGGCGUCCGGGAGUCUGUGCUAGCUCAAUGGCCAUCGUCCACUCUGGUUGCUCGUCUAGAGAGAGUAACUUACCCAGAGUCAUUCGGCUGGUGAGUGGCAGCCCUGGCAAUGGGCCCAUGUCUGUCCCUGGGGACCCAGGCUCUCAGCCAUUCUGCCGUUCAGCCCAGACAGCAUAGAGGCCACAAGAGAAGCUUCAUGACAGAGGGGCUUGCCCACCAGUUAGCAUGCUGACCUCCUUCCUGUUAAACUGCUAUAAAACACGUGGUACAUUGCUGUUAUCGUGUCCUAAGUAGCUAGGAAGAAUUUAAAUUAGAGCCAGACAUUUGCAGAGCUGCUGAAGCAUCACCCAAGUUCUCUGGAACCCAGUCUAAAGGCCCUUGUGUGGGGCUCAUGCAGAGUUUAACUGAUGAUGGGCCAAAUCCCUCUCAUCACCUGUUUUUGUAAAGAAACUUUCAUCAGAACACAGCCAUGCCUACCGGUUUUGCACACAACAGCAGAGUCGAGUUGUUUCAACAGAAACCAAGGAGCUGAAAAUAUUUAUCUGACCCUGGACUGAGGCAAACACCCGCAGCGUGCCCUUUCGUGGGAGAGACCAGCUCAUAUCCACCCGAGUGCUGGAGGCAGAGGCUGGUUGCACGGCCAAGGGGGGGCAGCAUGGGCCGGCUCCGUGCCCAUCUGCGGGGAUUGCUAGGGCUGCAGAAAAUCAUAGGCACUAGCUGAGUACCGUGAGGUUGAACACAACAGAUCCUUGGUAUUGGAGGAUUUCAGAUUUCAGGUUUUGACCAUUUCCAAGUGCCCCGUGGCCUGUUAUAAUUUGAAAUGUUGUUGACUCAUAAAGUUGACUCGGGUGUGCCCUCCUCAGCUGAUGGGUGAGGGCAGGGAGCAGGACCCUUGGCUAGGGCUGAGCCCAGCUGGCUGUUCAGCACCUGCUCUGUGUGCCUUUGUGGUUCUCAGCUCGUCAUUGCCCUCCUGGGCCUCUUGGGAAAUGAAAAGUGCUGGUAGGUGAAUGGGCUUUAGCUAAAUAUUGGUUUUGGAUAUAAUGGAGCAGCCGAUGUUGACUUCAGCACUCUGAUCUAACAAGUCAUCCGUAUGCUCUCCGUGGAGGCAGGAACAAGGUCUUCAUGAAGGCUGCUCCAGCGAGCGCUUUAGCUGGCCCAGAACUUACUGAUCAAGCAAGAGCUAAAACUCCAGUGAAAGUCAAAACGCAAUUGUCUUGGGCUGUGCGGGUGUGGGCUACGCACACGCCCUCAUGGUGGAACUGCGGAUCAGGAGAAAUCUGGGACCCAGCAGCCAGAGGAGUUUACCCAGUCUCCAGGAUCGGCUGCAAGAAAGGCAAAUGCAGAAGUGGUCCCACCUAGAGACAUGACUGUUCCAUCAUGAUACUCUUGUCUCUUAAGCCCAGACUUGGCCUCAGAAUCCUUCUCAAUCCAGCAUUCCAGAAGCCCCUACUAGCAAGUUGGAGUUGAUGCAGAAGAUGGAACCCUAUUUUGACAUCCUUGUUGGUGUGGGGUUCUGCUUUCCAGGGCCUCUGCAAGGCCCUGUUUAUUCUCUGAUGGCACGGUACCACUCAGAAUCCGGGGGUCUCACCCUACCCUGGAAGGAGGGGUGCAGGGGGGGUGGAGGGGGGAUGGUAGGCAUCCUGGGGUUGGCCGCUUCCCCAGACUGGGUGCCUUUGAAUGUAGGUCACUGUUCUUCGGGUUCCACCAGCUCAAGGCAAAGCAUGAAAACCCUUCCCAUCAGUAGGUGGCGCUAGAGGCCAGCACUCCGCCAUUGGCAACCGUUCCCUGGUUUUCUUCACUGGUUAAUUUUCUCUACUGGGGUACUUGGUGCUGUGCUGGACUCCUUUGUGUAGCUUGGCCUAAAAGCACUAUAGGUGCUCUGAAAAUUUCCUGUGUGACAAGCUGAUUUCUCUUACCAGCAACCACUGUGACUGUGUGUGUGGACACAUUCAUAUGAGCAUGUGCAACAGGAUGAAAGCUGCAUGUGUCCAUGUUUAUGUGGGCGUGUAACAGAGCAGAUAUCUCUGUGAUAACUCUGUGUGUGUGUGUGUGUGUGUGUGUUUGUGUGUGUACAUGUACAGUGGACAGGAUGGUUAUCUCUGUUAACUAAGGAUCCUGGGCCCCAUAUAUUUAUGGCCAGCCCUGUUUCUUGGGACUGCUUCUGGCCAUUCCCAUCAUCUCAUGGGCAUUUGCACAUGUGCAGCAUGGGGGCCACUGAGGCCAAAUUCCAUAUCUUUCUUUCCAGCUUUCAGAUUUGGCCAAUAAAAUCUUGGCUCCCAUCCCUCUGCCUCCAAGCCCUACCUCCCGCAGACUUGGAAAGGAAGUGGUAGAAUCUGUGCUAGGAUACCCCUUUUGGCUGCACCUGCCUCACCAUCUCCAUUUGUUUCUUUCCUCCUACUGAUAGUUCCAGGGCCAAUGUGCUCAGUUGAGCAGAUUGCAUACUGCACAAAUCCAGAUAGAGUCAUUCACGCUAUGACUUGAAUGGAGCUUUCUAAACACCUGCAAAACCUGCCAACCUCCCAUGGCUGUCCUGGUCAUCUCAUGAUCAUGGCUAGAAAAGUUACCUUCUUCCCUGCCCCCCUGGCCCAGCCCAGCCUAGGCUAGGAUUCCUUACUCUGCUUGGGUGUUCUAGUCUGGCCCAGAAGUGACUAACCCUUGACCUUGAUCUGGAAAUAUCUCCUUGAUGCCGUUGAGAUUGAAUUUAUGAAAGUGAAGUAUGUUGGCAACUUUUCAGUAACCCAUCUUCUCAGAGUUAGUGGUCCCUGUAAGACAUACUGGGGUUCUAUAGAGUUACUGCCUCCCACGCUCCUGGCCUGUGGGUGAAGAUGCCUUCAUGGGCCCACUGGUUAGAUGGGUCUGCCACAGAAUUAGGGGAAGGCCUCAGGCUAAUCUUGGAGUUGCCACCAUGUAGAAAAUCAUGAGGUCACCGCAGACUGGAUGCCUGGGCCUGGUCCCAAACCCUGAAGCCUCCCAGGGCCAGGCGGGAAAUGUGAGUGAGCGAAGAGACGAAGCCAGCCGGGUCUUUCGGGUAAUGGAGCACACAUUUGCUCUUUGUCGGACACGGUUGCUGCCGUGUGGGAAUGUGUGGGGCUGUUCCCAGAUAUCGCACCCCAUUUUUCAAGGGAAGCUAAAAAUCUGGACUUUCAAAUGUUGGCAACUAUUUUGAAUUUGGAAAGGAUCAUGCGGGCCAAACAAAACACAUCUUGCAGGCCGAAGCCAGCCCUGGAGCCUCCUGUCUGCUCCCUCUGGCCCAGACCCAGAGGGAGAACUGAGUUCUUCAGAACCGACUCACUGAGCGUGUGAGGAUAUUAUCCUCAGGCUCACAUCACAGAGUCUGGGGUCUCUGAGAGACCUCAGAGAUAGCCUGGUUCACCCCUGUGUGUUUUAAACUGUGUACAUAUAAAGUUCUUUAUUAACACACGUAUCUUUAGCUUCUGGUAUCUAUUUAAAAGCAUCUCAGUGCCCACCCCCUCGUGUAGAACAAGAUCGAAAGUGAAGCCUUACAUGUAGUCAUGCUUGUGUCUACCUGUCAGAAGCCCUAUUUAUAUCUUUAUAGGUCUAUUUAUAUCUUUUGCAAACACGGGCUGCCCUGGUCUUCCUUACAAGCGAACCUCCUUGGGUUGCUUUUUUAAAUCUCCUAAGUGCCUCCUGAAACAGUUAGAGCAUGUUCUUCUUCAUCUCUCUGAGUUCCCUCGUCUGAAGAGGGGGUAAGACCGCUCGUACCUUCUCGGCUCUGCCCCUCGUUGGUCUGCUCAGCCCUCCCCGUGCCCCCGCUCGGUCUGGCUCCCAGCAGCUACCCAGUCACGUGAUAAAGGGCGCUGUGUGAUCGUCCAUGUGGAUGCCUCUCAGUCCUUGUGCUUGUCCUGUAACUGAACGUCACAACAUGGGCUUCUGCCUCUUAAAAGCCAUUCAAAUAAAUCGAACACUUUUAAAAUAAA